AACAUCUAUUACCAUUUCAUUCUGUCUUCCCUUAAUACCCAAAUGAAACUGAAACUAAUAAUAAAUAUAUACGUUAUUUUACAGACCACUUAUACUGACAAAGGACCGAAGCCAGAAAACGGGAAAUUUUUAUACUUUGACCAUUUGACUUUCUACGUGGGUAACGCCAAACAGGCCGCUUCAUAUUAUGUAACCCGCCUAGGAUUCCAGCCUGUUGCAUACAAAGGGUUGGAAACCGGAAGCAGGAAGUACGCUUAUCAUGUAGUCAGACAAAAUCAGGUAUGUACUUGGAGGACAUAGCUUGUUUUUAUUUUU